UGCAUCGGCAGCUCACUCUAUGCACAUCUGGCUGGUAGAGAUCCAGGGAGUAACUGAGCUCGGCAGUCAAACUGGAUUUCUGCACUUUCUCCUCUUUCUCACCGGAAGACAAAAGGCCCUGUUUUUCUUACACAUUAAUGAUGUGAUGGCAACAACUCAUUUGAAGACUAGAAAAGUCCGCUUUAAAGACUUGAAAAGUCCAGUAACAGAUCAACUGGAAUUCUCAGUUUUCUCCAUUUAGAAACCGUCCAGUUUGCUACAUAAAAACACGGCACAGUUGCUGGCAUUAACAAUAUGUUCAUCUGCUUCUCCAUGACUCCAUGCUAGCUCCAAGCUCCAUGAUUGCACUCUGCAUAUUCUCCUUAUAACUUGGUUAGGUUUCUUUCCUUCUCUGCACCAAACAGCUACCUCUUCUUUACUGGUUUUUACAAAAUAAUUGGCCAUGCCGUCCUUACCUUUGUUGAUCACCACUCUCGUGUUCCUAUCUUUUUAUUUCCUCCACCAAUUUCCUUUUGCCCUUGCCUUAAUGAACUCCACUGUGACAAACGGGAGUUUGUUACAGAAUUUAACCAUCAGCUUUGGUGGAAACUCUAGUGCUCGAUUAUUCCUCCAGAGCAGAAGCUCUGACACCGUCGCUAGUUUGGGUUUAUACAGCACAGAUAAUUAUGUGUUCACCCUUUGCAUCAUGAUUAGCUACUACAGUGGCUAUGGGGAUACUAUUGUUGGCCAGCCCCAGGUUAUCUGGUCUGCGAACCGCAACUUCCCCGUAGGCGAGAAUGCCAUCUUUUCUUUCAAUGGGGCUGGUGAGUUACUUCUUCACAACACUGAUGGCACCUUAGUAUGGUCCACACCUACAAAGGGAGCCUCUGUUGUUGGUAUGCGCCUCGAUGGUUCAGGGAAUCUUGUGCUGUUUAAUCCAAACAAUUCCUCUAUCUGGGAGUCUUUUGACUACCCAACAGAUACAUUAGUCAUUGGGCAGUCACUAUGUACGGGAGUCAAUCUCACUGCCAAUGUUUCACUCACCAGUUGGAGAGAGGGUCAGAUUAAUCUUCAUGCCCUGUCAAAUGGGUUGCAGUUUUAUUUUGGCUCUUCUUCUUAUACACAAGUAUUCCAACCAACUUUUCUAGGCAAUGAGACAUCAAAUUGUUAUGCAUUUGCCAAUGGGAGCUUUGGUUUUCCCAAACCAAUCUUCUCAUUACCCCUUGCGAGGUCAUUUCAGUUCAUGCGGUUAGAGUUUGAUGGGCAUUUUCGGUUAUAUGAAAUGAAAAGGGCUGCCGUCCAGGUGAUGUUUGAUGUGCUAAGCAAUGACGUCCAGUUUUGUGACUACCCUCUGGCUUGCGGCGAAUACGGUGUUUGCAUAAAUGGGCAGUGUUGCUGUCCGAGUUCUCGAUAUUUUAGACUCCAAGAUGAAUGGCGUCCAGAUAUGGGAUGCAUACCAUUGAAUAAUCUGUCUUGUGAUCAUAUGCGCUACCAUCAACUUGUGCCUGUCGGCAACAUUUCCUACUUCAGCGACAGUGGCUUCCAGUCAUUGGCUACUUCUGCUGCAGAUGAGGACUGUAAGCAAUCUUGCUUGGCAGAGUGCUCUUGCAAAGUUGCAUUGUUUCAAUAUGACAGGCAUGAUGGAAUUGGCGGCUCCUGUUUGCUUUUAUCACAGCCAUUGCUACUUUCUCAUACUAAGAGUUCUGCAAAUCGUACUUUGGCAUUUUUCAAAAUACAGGGCACCGUGAGAAGACGAACCAGUAUUGCUGUUGGUUCUGCAAUUGGUAGUUUUGCAUUACUUUCAAUUGCAAUAACCAUUUUCAUUUGGAGAAAAUGUAAGAAAAGGGAAGAAGAAGAUUUUAUUGGAGGAAUACCUGGAGUGGCAGCACGCUUCUCUUAUAAUGAUCUCAAGAUAGCUACAAGGGACUUCUCAAUGAGGCUUGGAUCUGGAGGGUUUGGAUCUGUUUUCAAAGGUAAAAUGGGCAAGGAAACGAUAGCUGUCAAACGCUUAGAAGGUUUUGACCAAGGAAAGGAGGAAUUCUUAGCAGAGGUUGAGACCAUAGGAAGAAUUCAUCACAUUAAUCUUGUUAGGUUAAUUGGAUUUUGUGCUGAAAAAUCCAAAAAGCUACUUGUGUAUGAGUAUAUGAGCAAUAGUUCAUUGGAUAAAUGGAUAUUCCAUGAACAUCCUGUUUUUACUCUUUCUUGGAAGACAAGGCGUAACAUCAUCAUGGGUAUUGCUAAGGGUCUGUCUUAUCUCCAUGAAGAAUGUGAACAGAGGAUUGCUCACCUAGACAUCAAGCCACAAAACAUUCUCCUGGAUGAUAGGUUUAAUGCGAAAGUCUCAGAUUUUGGAUUAUCGAAAUUGAUAAGUAGGGACGAUAGCAAAGUCAUGACUCGAAUGCGAGGGACACGUGGAUAUCUUGCACCUGAGUGGCUAGGUUCAAAGAUCACCGAGAAGGUAGACAUCUACAGCUUUGGAAUCGUCAUAGUUGAAAUUAUAUGUGGACGAAAGAACCUGGACGAGUCACAACCUGAAGAGAGAGUUCACCUAAUCAGUCUUCUCCAAGAAAAGGCUAGGUCUGGACAGUUACUUGAUUUAGUGGACACCAAAAGCAACGACAUGCAAUUUCAUAAGGAGGAGGUUAAGGAAAUGAUGGAGCUCGCAAUAUGGUGCUUACAGGUUGAUAGCAGCAAAAGGCCUCUAAUGUCAACAGUUGCCAAGGUGUUGGAAGGUGCAAUGACUUUAGAGGCCACACCUCACUAUGAUCUUGUUGCUAAUUAUGAACUAGACCAUAACAAUGUCGAAAGGCAAAUUUGUUCAUACCUGCCUUCGGCAACACUUCUGUCGGGGCCUAGGUGAUAGUUCCAUAUGGCUCUCCCAAAUACACUAAUGUUGUUGUUUAUGGUUAUUAUAUACCAUGAGCCAAAUGUGCUCUGUAGCUGUAAACUUGCUAACUUGCAGACUAUGGUUUCAAAUAUAUGUACCAAAUAUUUUAUUUUAUUUGUACACUGCAAUGUUGUA